UUAUUUUGGCGUGGUUUUUGUGCGAGAAUCACUGUCGGUUCUUGGGUUCUCUGCCCAAACUGAAAAACUCUGAACACACUCACUUUCACAGGAACGACACCAACAAUUCUUUAACAGGAAAUUCAAGACCCAUUUUCUUCCCUCUACACAUUUUUUAAUCUUUUUCCCUCAACUCUUCUGCCAUUGAAGUUGACAUAUCAACCAUUGUUAAUGUUAGUUACAUUCUAGUUGGUCCACUUCACAAGCCAUCACAUUCACCUUCACCUCAACUUGCUUUCAUAAACAAACCUCCUUCAAUCCUGAAGCAUUGAGCGUUCUCUGCUGCACUGUCCACUCCAUUCUGCAUUUCAGAAUGGAGAGCACAAGAACAGGCCAAUGGUUAAACCUUCUAGCGUGCUUAUUGCUAUUGCUGAAGGCAGAAGCUUCAUAUGUACCAAUUACUUUAGUCCGGAACGCGGUAGCAAAAGGAGCUGUUUGUUUGGAUGGUAGUCCACCAGCUUACCAUUUUGAUAAGGGAUAUGGAGCAGGGAUUAACAGUUGGUUAGUUGCUUUUGAGGGAGGAGGAUGGUGCAACAAUGUCACCACUUGCCUUGGUCGCAAGAACAACCGUUUAGGUUCAUCCAAGAAAAUGGCCAACCAAAUUGCCUUUUCUGGAAUUUUACACAACAGGAAACAGUUUAAUCCAGAUUUCUACAAUUGGAACAGAAUCAAGGUUAGAUAUUGUGAUGGGUCAUCAUUUACUGGUGAUGUGGAAGCAGUCAAUCCAGUAACUAAAUUGCAUUUCAGAGGAGCAAGGAUUUUUGCUGCUGUCAUUGAGGAUUUACUAGCAAAAGGAAUGAAAAAUGCUCGAAAUGCUAUUAUCUCUGGAUGUUCAGCUGGAGGAUUGACUUCAGUACUGCAUUGUGAUCGCUUUCGAGCUCUAUUACCGAGAGGAGCUAAAGUGAAAUGCCUCUCAGAUGCUGGUUACUUCAUCAAUGCAAGGGAUGUCUCUGGAUCAAGUUACAUUAAACAGUACUUCACUCAAGUUGUUAUCACACAUGGCUCUGCAAGGAAUUUGCCUCAAUCAUGCACUUCAAGAAUCAGUCCAGGGCUGUGCUUUUUCCCGCAAUAUUUGGUAUCACAAAUCACUACACCAAUCUUCUUUGUAAACGCGGCAUACGACUCGUGGCAGAUAAAGAACAUAUUGGCGCCGGGUGUAGCUGAUCCUAGUGGCCAUUGGCAUAGCUGCAAGAUGGAUAUUAACAACUGCUCACCUGAUCAACUUGAUCUAAUGCAAGGCUUCAGGACAGAAUUCUUAAGGGCAUUGACUGUGCUAGGAAACUCUCCAUCUAAAGGAAUGUUCAUAGACUCUUGCUAUGCUCACUGCCAAACAGAAAUGCAGGAGACAUGGUUCACAAGUGACUCUCCUGUGGUUAACAAGACAACGAUUGCAAAGGCUGUAGCAGACUGGUUUUAUGAAAGAAGGCUCUUCCAUCAGAUAGAUUGCCCUUACCCUUGCAAUCCCACUUGUCACAACCGCGUUUUCGAACCCCCACAAGACCAUCCAGGAAAAAAUGUGACAACCAAAGGAACUUCAGGUGCAUCAGCUAGAAGACCCAGUUUUCCUAAACUAUCAGACAAGGCAAAAUGGAUUGAGCUUUUGUGCAUUAGACAAGGGAUCAGUGGGCUUCUAUUACCUUUGGUUAUUCUGGUUAUCCUAUAGAAGCUGAUAUGCUGAUUAAUUUUGACCAAACUGGGCCAUCUGGCUUUUUUUCUACCAUGUUGCAUACAGAUAGGGAGAUUUCUUAUAAUUCUAGCCUAAUAGACUUUCUGACUUGGUGACACCAAUUCACAAGAAUUGGCUUGGAAGGUGCACAAAACCAGCUGGUGAAGGCGCAAAUUAAUGCUAUCAUGAUUCAGCGCUGCUGCAUAUAUCUUGCACUUCGUUUAGUUCAACAAGUGUGGACUUCCAUUGGCCUGGGCAGCUGGUGUCAUUGUAGCUGUUGAUCAGUUAGUUUGGUAAUCAACAAUAAAGGCAGAAAAUCUUUAUAAUGAUGCACCUGAAGAUGUUUCUGUAGCAUAUAGUCACAUACUAACCUAAGGGCUGGUUUCACUUUUUCUUUUUUGGUCGGUCUGUACAACUUUUAAUCUGUCAUGAACAUAGAUCAUUUUGAAGGCCCAACUUAACAAUAAAAUCAUGACCAUCAUUGUGGCUC